GCAUUGACAACGGAAGUAAACAACAGGUGAGGCGGUGUUCAGCAAUGUCGGCUCCACUACCAGGUCCCCACUAUUCCACCCCGUCCAACAACUAUCUCUCGGGAGAUGGCCUCUCCCAUGUGUAUGAGGGGUCAGGAUAUUAUGUUCCAUCGGAGAGAGGAAACUGGAUCAAGUAUCAUGACCACAGGUCCCUGCCACGUGAAACAAAGCGUGAUGCUAUCCACAUGCAGUCACAAGACCAAUGGGUGGAGUUUAUGAGGCAGAGAGACACGCCCUCUGGUUACUAUCACAAGAACAUUGGGCUCAAGCAGACGGGCAUUCCAGCACUUAAGUUGCAGGGGUACACACGUAACCUGCCCUCCAUGCCACCUAAAGACAUAUUCCAGAAUCCCUGGCCGAAGAGCGAUGCCUGGGUACCUAUUCAGCGCGAGGGAAGGGGAGAGUACUACGGCUAUUACCACGAGGCCAUAGAUGCCGAGCGCGAGCGUAGGAGGCGGGAGUUUCCAACAAGCUGGCGGGUAGAACCCAGAGACGUGCCCAAGUUGUAGACAAUAUGUAUUAUGAUAUCCAUUUGUGAGUGUGUGUGUAAUUGUGUUAAAUAUUAGGGUAAAGAAAUCUGCAUGGGUAUUUUUGUUAUUUCUGGUUUAGGUUGUGUUUGGAUACAGAGAUGUGCCCAAGUUGUAGACAAUAUGAGACACGUUCUGGAAAAUCUGGGCUUAAUGAAUGAGCGUCUAGUGUAGACCCAGAUAGGCCUAGACAGGCUAUUCAGGGACGACCCUUUUUGCCUAGGCUCGAUUUAUGUUUAGAAGAGAUUUCUUUAACUCUUUUAGUGCUGAAACCGAAUUUUGAAGGCCUUUGCAAACAGUUUGGAUCCAGAUGAGACGCCACAGAACGUGGCGUCUCAUCAGGAUCCAAACUGUUUGCUAUUCUGAUAGUAUUCUUUGAAAAAAAAUCAAAGAAAAUGCUAAUUUUAGAACUUCAGCAAACAACAUUUUAGCAGACGACAAAUUUCCCAGCAAGCAAAGGGUUAAUGAAUGAGCGUCUUGUGUAGACCCAGAUAAGCCUAGGCAGGCUAAUCAGGGACGACACUUUUUGCCUCGGCUCGAGUUUUGUUUAGAAGAGAUUUCUUUAAAACAAAAGUGCGAACUGCACAGGCUUAUCAGGUGUGAUGCUUUACACACAUGCAUUAAGACCAAUUUUUCAAAAACAAGGCACAUAUGUUUUAUGUCCAUUUUUGUAUGAAAUUAACUUAGAUUUACAUUGUAUGCAUGUGGAAGUUGUUUCUGUUAUUGUUAGUGUUUUCAACAAGAAAUUAAAGCAAAAAGGAAAGAACAAUUGAGGCUAUAUGAUAAUAUGUUGAAUAUUUAUAUACAUGUAGCCAAAUGGAUCAUUGUGUGUAUUAUUAUCAGAAUGAUUUAUUCAGUACGCACCCUAUAUUUUAUUGUGUACUUAUUUCAAGUGCUAUUUAUACAUUUCCAGUAUUAUUUCCUACUUACACAGCUUAUGUAGUCUCAUUAAUACAUACAAGUCACAAAACUUUCUUUUUAAUUAGACAAGCGCUUCUUAGACGUUUCUAACCUUUUUCGGCGAAGCAAAUGGAAAUGCAAUUUCAACUAUGUAUUUAAUUUUAACUAUGAGUUCACAUUUCUUUGUUAAUUUAUUGAGUACAUUUUGGUGUCAAGUUUUGCACUUUAUAUUUAAAUUUGUUUGACAUAUUGUUACCUAGCUUUUUUAUUAACCCUUACAGUGCUGGAACCGAAUUAUGAAGGCCUUUGCAAACAGUUUGGAUCCUGAUGAGACGCCACAUAACGUGGCGUCUCAUCAGGAUCCAAACUGUUUGCUAUUCUGAUAGUAUUCUUUGAAAAAAAUCUAAUAAAAUGCUAAUUUUAGAAAUUCAGCAGACGACAUUUUAGCAGAUGACAAAUUACCCAGCAUGCAAUGGGUUAAACAUUCCAUUCUGUUCUUAUUUUGUUGUAUUUGGUUUCAAAAUGUGGGUAACUUAGGUAUAAAAAAAACGAAAAAACAUAUAACAAACAUUUUACAGAAAUUUGAUAAUCACAAAAUAAACCUGUAAAUGGCAACAAGAAAAUCCAAGGGAAUCAAAAUGGCUAAACACAUUCUUAAAAUAUUCCAAGGAACUUAAUUCAGCCAAUCAAGAGGCAAUCCUGAUGAUCAUUGAAUUUUCAGAGCAAGUCACUAAAGUGCUAAAACUAUUUUAGGACAUGCCUUUUUGCAUUUUGUUUUGCAGUUAACCCAUACAGAAUUGUUUGUUUUCAAUUAUAUCCAUACAGAAUUGUUUGUUUUAAAACAGUGUAAUUUGUUUAAUGUUACAUGUAUAUUUAUUUCCCACAACCACUUAAGUGUCAUGAUUUAAAUCACUAUUGCUAUGAAAUUACAAACCGUUGGAAUUUCGGAAAAACCCCAGCCUUCUGUUGAACAUGCUGAAAUUUUAGUUGAUUAAUUUCAGAAAGGAAUUUACAAUUUAUCUUAUCGCCUUUAUUGCCAGUUAAUAAGAAACAAGAGAUGUGUUUUUCAGAAACACAAUGCCCCCUUAUGCGCUGCUUUGAAUUAUUUUUUUGACCUGUGACCUUGAAGAAUGACCUUGACCUUUCACCACUUAAAAUGUGCAGCUCCAUGAGAUACACAUGCAUGCCAAAUAUCAAGUUGCUAUGCUCAAUAUUGCAAAAGUUAUGAAGAAGGUUAAAGUUUUGGUUACAGUUUUUGAAUUUGUUUUUUUGACCUUGACCUUGAAGGAUGACAUUGACCUUGCACCACUCAAAGUGUGCAGCUCCAUGAGAUACACAUGCAUGCCAAAUAUCAAGUUGCUAUCUUCAAUAUUGCAAAAGUUAUGACCAAGGUUAAAGUUUUGGUUAAAGUUUUGGGACACACACACACACACACACAUACAAUGACAGACAGGCCAAAAACAAUAUACCCCCGAUCUUUCGAUCCGGGG